AACAAGUCUCACUUUGUACACAACCUCCCAAACCAGUUGACCGAACGGAUGCAGAUAUGAAGAGGAAUAUUGCAAAUAGCUUUCUGGUGAUGUGGGUGUUUUCCUUUCAAGAAGUGCUACUAGAUAACAGGGUGAACGUAGAAGUUCUUUUUGAGUCAUUGUGUCCUGAUAGCCACAGAUUCAUCAAGAAUCAACUCUAUCCAAGCUGGAAGGAAAUAUCACCAUAUGUCAAUCUGAAAUUGGUACCAUUUGGAAAGAGUUCGAGUUUGGAUAACGGUGCAAAAUUUGUUUGCCAACAUGGUCCUUUAGAAUGUAAAGGAAAUAGAAUCAUGACAUGUGCAUACAACAUGCUACCUGAUCAGGAUCGACAGGUGGAGUUUACCAAUUGUUUCAUGGAAUCAUUCCGAUCCCGGAAGGACGACCCCCAAGAGUUUGGACAGCAGUGUGCCCAAUCAGUUGGUUUGGAUGCAAAUGAGAUUCUUGAUUGCUACAACUCCGAAGAAGGAACAAUCUUACAGUUGACGGCUGAAAAAGAUACAGCAAGGAUUCGCCCAGUGUCAGUGCCAACAAUUUUAUACGAAGGGAAACUUUCUGAUGAACUUCAUAACAACAGUAUCGAGAACUUCAGAGGAGUGGUGUGUGAGCUGGCCAGGAGAAGCUAUCCAGAAGCUUGUCAGGGAUGAAGAUGAUUCCAUUCAUUACGAUUUUUAAAAAAAUAUGAUUUAAUAAAAUUAUGUGGUGGAAAUGAUGUAUAUAUUUAAUAAAAGAGACUAUGAAAAAA